UCAAAUUUAUAAACAGAAAAAUGUACCUUGUAACAUUUUGGCUUAUCUUGAUCUGUUGCUAUGCCUGGUCGAUUGAGAAUGUUGAGAAUGUUGAGAAUAAUCUUUUAGCUGAAGAAACCCAUGGGCGAUUUGUUAGAAGCAUCUUAAAUAUCUUCGAAAAUUUUUUUAAAAAACUCAGAUCCAUUUUACAAAACGGAGACGACAAAAUCGGAAUUCCGGUUCUCGAUCCCUACAUUGGGAACAAUCUGCCCAUCACGCUUAACAUAUUUGAUGAAAUAAAAGUCAAUGCGUCUUUAGACCUCAGAGUAGAUGGAUUGUCCACGUUCGAAGUCAACAAUGCUGACUUCAACUUGUUAAAUAGGCAAUUUGAUAUCGACUUGCGUUGGCCGUUGAUCAACGCGAAUGCCAAUUAUUCCAUGAAAGGCAGUGUCUUUGGCUCUGAAUUUGUUAGAGAUGGAGAGAUGGCUAUGGCUGCGCAUGACUUUGAAUUGACGUUACGGGGUAACUUUAAUUUUGAUCUAAGUAAAAACCCUAUUAUCCAAAUUACAUCAAUAUCAACCAAGUUUUCCUUAGCAGCAUUAGAUUUUCACAUAACAGGCCUUUCCAACAAUGAUGAAGAGUUGAGUAAGACAAUCUCCGAAAUGGUACUUAAAUUAAUCAAUGAGAACCAAGGAUUUGUAAAUAAUCGCGAUAUCAUUGUGAAGAUUAUAAACAAGAUUAUUGGCAGAUAUCUGUCUACUAUGGACCUUCCAGAUCUGUUAGAUAUAUUAAUAUAAGUAAUGUGUAAUAUCUCUUGGUACUACCGAAACUACACUAUUAUUUGAUCAAUCAUUAUACCAUUAUAGAAACUUGUACUGAACUAUAGAAAUUUGUACUGAACCGUACAAAUGUUUGUACAAAAAAAUAUUCGUUUCUACAGUGUAGCAUUUAUUUCUACAGUAUGUACUAAUAAAGUCAUUACUAAAAUUACAAAAAUAAGAGAAAACUACCUUUUCUUUUAUACUAAGAUAUUUCCAUUUAAGAUUUCCAUGCUAA